AUGGCGACUCCAGAUGGUGCUCUCCUCGGAGACGAGUUCGACGCGGAUUCAGGUUUUGAUGAUGAUCAGCAGUCGUCACUCAGCCAAAGUCUCAGAUCCUCGGUGUAUAACUACCGAUAUGAAAAUGGUCGCACGUACCAGUCGUAUCGUGCAGGUGCCUACCACCUUCCAAACGACGAAGAAGAGCAAGAUCGACUAGAUUUGUUGCACCACAUCUGCAAGAUGCUGCUGGGGGGCGAUCUCUUUACUGUGUACCUCCCGCGCGAUCCGCAACGAAUACUGGAUGUCGGCACGGGAACAGGUAUAUGGGCCGUAGAGGUCGCCGACCAGUUUCCAAGCGCUCAAGUCUUUGGCACAGAUCUCAGCCCUAUACAGCCACCCUGGGUUCCACCAAAUUUGCAAUUUUACGUUGACGAUGCGGAAGCAGAGUGGACGUGGUUGGAGAACGAGAAGUUUGACUUCAUCCACGGACGUGGUCUUUGCGGUGGCAUCGGAGACUGGCCAAGAUUUUAUGCCCAAGCUUGGAAUAAUCUCAAGCCUGGAGGCUGGAUGGAGAUGCAAGAGCAUUCAGUGAGUUUCUUCAGCGACGAUGGCGGGUUGGAGCAUGCGACUGCCUGUGUGUCAGCCGUUAUCGAACUAGAGCGGGCCAGCGAGAGGGUAGGUAAGCCUCUCAACGUCGCCCAUCUGCACAGACAGUGGAUGAUCCAGGCCGGGUUCCACGAUGUGCAGGAAGUCGUCAAGAAGGUCCCAAUUGGACCGUGGGCGAAAGAUCCGAAGCUGAAGGAGAUCGGCACACUCUACCGGGCACAGAUGCUUCAAUCAGUCCCCUCCUUCAUGCUGGCCUACUACAAGCAGAUCUUGACCCACAGCGAUGAGGAUACGGAGACUGCCAUGGCAGAGGUCAAAGAGGAAUUUGUUGACCGACGCCUUCAUCUUUACCAACGGUGGUACUUCGUGAAGGGGCGACGGCCGGUAUGA